CGAAGUGUCACAACCACCUGUUAAAGGAAACGCCUGAGACCGGAAGCAUUGCAGAGGCCCCACAGUGAACCUUGUCUUUGUAUGGAGAACUGCAACCAGAAAGAUGUGUGUUCAGCUUUGCCUCUUCCUCUUCAUGUGGACUGUUGCACUCCCUGUGUCUUUGACAUUUAACAUUGACACCACAAACCCUAAAGUCUACCAAGGCAACCAAAAAGAUUUCUUUGGGUACAAAGUGCUUCAAUUCGCAUCUGGCUCCAAUAAGGGAAUACUUGUCACCGCACCGCUUUACAAUAAUGGAUCUGGGGCAGUAUGCAAACCAGAUGAUAGCCAAACUACAAAGUGCUUCAACCCACAAGGACUCUCAUUUGAAGACAAAGAAUUACAAGUCAAGCACCUUGGACUGUCCAUAGCUGAAGACCCGAUACACUCGCAGUUCACUGUUUGCAGCCCUUACGUGGCUCAUGAAUGUUAUGACAACUCCUACCUGAACAGUGUCUGCUUCAAAGUGACAGAGGAUCUUCAGGAGAUCACCUCUUUUAAACCGAUCUUUCAAGAAUGCAGAAAGAAGACUGUAGAUCUCGUCUUCCUCUUUGAUGGGUCACUUAGCAUGGAUGAGAAUGACUUUAACAAGAAUAAAGACUUCAUAUUGGACAUAAUGAAUAGCCUCAAAAACACUUCAAUCAAGUUUGCAGCAGUUCAGUUUUCCAGCUCUCACAGAACAGUCUUUGAUUUCAUUGACUACCAAAAUGGAAAUGCAGAAAAACAACUUAGAGCGGAACCUCAUAUGGACAGCCUCACCAACACCCACCAAGCCCUCAGAUUUGUAUUGACAAACCUCUUUGAAAAUAAACAGGCUGGAGCCUCAUCCGAUGCAAUCAAAGUUCUGGUCCUAAUCACAGAUGGAGAUCCAAGUGACGACGAUAGAGACGCAAAUUACGUUAUCAACACCUAUACUGAAAAACGUAUCAUUCGAUUUGUUAUUGGGGUCAAAAUUAAAAGCCUAAAUAAAGUGAAUCCUAUUGCCUCAGACCCAAAGGACAAAUAUGCUUAUAAAAUUGAGAAUUAUGAAGGGCUCACAGGAUUACUGGAAAACUUUCAAGAACACAUAUUUAACAUAGAAGGAGACAACAAAGUGGCUCGGGCCCAAGACAUGAACAAUGAAAUGUCGCAGAGGGGAUUCAGUGCUGCAUUCUACAAGGACACCUUAAUUCUGGGUUCAGUGGGAUCAAACAGCUGGCGUGGUGCUCUGUACGAACGCCAAGCUCAAAUGGAGACAGAGAUUGAAGAUCCGCAAAUGCAGAUGGACUCUUACAUGGGAUACUCCGUUUCUGUGGGACAGGUGAAUGGGGUUCCACUAUAUUUCACAGGUGCACCAAGAUUUGAGCAUGUAGGACAAAUUGUACUUUUUGCGCGUAACGGGAACAGCUGGAAUGUAAGCCAACGAAUAAACGGGGAGCAGAUUGGUUCCUACUUUGGGGCAGACCUUUGCACUGUAGACGUGGACUCGGACGGUAACAGUGAUUUUCUCCUGGUGGGAGCACCACUGUUUUACCACCCUCAGGAGAAGUCUGAGGGACAAAUCUACGUCUACAUGCUAACUGAUGAGAUGCUGCUAAAAAGGGAAAUAAAUGUAACCCAACUGUCCAAGGGGAGAUUUGGUACCAGCAUAGCCAGUCUUGCAGAUCUGAAUGGAGACGGGCUGCGAGAUGUUGCAGUUGGGGCUCCUCUUGAGGAUGCUAAUGCGGGGGCAGUGUACAUCUACUUUGGGGACAGACACCAAGGGAUACGCAGUGUUUAUAGUCAGAGAAUCUUAGGGCGGGAAAUAAAACACGGGAUGAGAUUCUUUGGGCAGGCCAUAAACGGAAACAUUGACCUCGGAGAUGAUGCUCUACCAGACAUUGUUGUUGGGUCCUAUGGAGCAGCUGUUGUCUUAAGGUCCAGGCCCAUUGUUAAUGCUAUAGCUCGUCUGUCUUUUCAGCCAAAGGAAAUUAGCAUUGACCAAUUUGACUGCUCGACGAACACAGACACGAUUUUACCCAUGGUUAACUUAACAGUCUGCUUUGGAAUAGUAGAAACAACAAAGAGUAAACCAGGGUCCACAAAGUUAGGACUAAACAUUUCAUACAUGCUUGAUGUGGAUCCAAUGAGACAAUCACAUCGAGGUUUCUUCAGUCAGAGUGACAGUAAAUCAAGAAGUCUUACUUUCACCUAUGAAUUGCUGGAGAAAGACAAAUGCUUCCUGUACCUCAUCUACAUGCCAAUAUGUGUGAAAGACACACUGUCACCUCUCAGCAUCAAAUUAAACUUCUCCCAGGUGGACAGUCAGCAUGCAGAUGUUGUCCUCAAUGCAGAUGGCAAAACACAAGCUGUAGUCGAGGUCCCUUUUGAAAGAAAGUGUAAAAAGAAUGACACCUGUAUUGCUGAAAUCGAAGUGGACUUCAACUUCUUGACUCCAACAUUACUGGUGGCUGAAGAAUCUUACUUUAACAUGUCCAUUACAAUAGCCAAUCAUGGUGACGACUCAUACAACACCAGCUUGACUAUGUACUACCCCCCAGGCCUCUCCUACUCCAGGAUGUCUCAAAUUCUUACACAGGCCACAAGACGAACGCCCCACAACUGCGAUGAUCUGGAAGAAGUAUUUGACAAAACAAUAUGUGGAAUCAGCCUUCCUGUGUAUCGCAGCAGAUCAACCGCAACAUUUCAGAGCUCUUUCCAAAUCUCCACCAAUUAUCAAUGGAAUGACACUAUUGCAAUUAGUGUGGUUGCGAAAAGUGAUAAUAACAACUCCACCAUGUCUAACCUGACCAAGAUGCUUCCAGUACAAUAUGAAAUAAAAAUGGCAAUAACAGUAAAAGAGGACACCACCACUUAUGUGAACUUCACAGAAGAGGACACAGGCCCCAAAAAGAUGUUUAUUAUAUAUAAGGUGGAUAACCCUGGCUGGAAAGCCUUUCCUGUGAAUGUGUCUCUGAGCUUUCCAACUAAACUCCAAUACAACUUUGAAUUUGAAAAUUAUCAAGUCUUUGUACAUCAGAACAAAAGUCAGUGCAAAAACAUGACUGCAAUCAAUUCUGAAUAUUGUUCCCCAGAAAAACACUGCAAAAUCAUUGAGUGUGACACUGUCAUGCUGGAGAGUGCAUCGUCCACCGAGUUUGUAUUGUCUGGAGAUGUACAAUUUAGCAAUCUUGAGGCGCGUGCGCAGAAUAAGGCAUUUCUGAAAAGAUAUACUGGAGACAUUGGAGAGGUCAAGUUCAAAAGCAUGAUCCACAUUGAUUACGACCAACAACGAUAUGUACUGGAUUCCUCUCAUGAACAAGAGACUAAAGGACUGUCACAUGAAAAGAGAGAUGCCAUGUGGAAUGAGAACAACCCCACACAGAAAUUGACUGAAGUUCACGUUGAGUUCAUCAUUUCGCCUGAUAAACUAUUCAUAAUACUCACGGGAACUGGAUUUGGACUUUCACUUUUGAUUCUUGUUACCAUCAUCAUGUACAAGCUGGGAUGUUUCAAGAGAAAAACAGUCCAGUAUUAUCAAGAGCAGGAAGAAGAGGCUGGCCUUCAGAUGGGAGCUGCCACUCAGAACAAUGGUUGUACCAGCCAGCCCGGAAAUGACGUGCCUGCUGAAGAAAAAACACUUCUUGAAGGCAACCAGCCGGCUGACACUGAGACAGCACCGGAAUAAAUGACCAUGGCUGGACCAAUACAGUCAAGUAACUCAUGGACAAACCUGUAUGGAUCACUGUCAAGAAAACAGUCAUCAUAUACUGUCAUCAAACUGUCCAACUACCAUAAUUUGGGGUGAUUAAUUUACUAUUUUACGUGGCGUUUCUUACUGGUUGAGUUGACGUGUCUGGAUGUUCUUUGCUGGGUUAAAGUUUUUUUUCCCCUCAGCCCCAGGAUGAAAUGUGGUUCUGCUGAGCACAUGACUUGCCUUUUAGCCAAUGAAGGAUAGAGCAGCAGAUCUAUAUAACCCCGGAUGACAUGAGUGAUGCAAUUUUCUAGUAAUCAUUGUAUGUACUGUAUAGGCAAUUAUUGAAAGUAAUGACUCUGUCAAGCACUAGACAUCAUGUUGGUACACAUAGAAUUUUAAUUUUCUUAUUUAAAAAAAUGUAGGUAUUCUGUCCAAAAUGAUAUUUGCAAAUGAUAACAGCCGUUUUUGUCCUAUUGGAUUCAUUGAGCUGCAACUGAGGUAUUUCAAGGCUCAGUGAGUGGUUGGUGCAAAGCUUGCCUGGUUGAAUGUACAAGCUCACCCAUUGUCUCGUGCUCUCAUAUAGUGACAGAAAAGGCAAGGUUGCAAAUUUAGCUGAUGGAAAUCAAGUUCUUUGACAGUGUCUGGACUUCACUUUAGAGUUGGCGUGAAAUGCUUGGCUAUCUGAGAAUGAACUGAGGUGACUCGGAUGUGAAAUUUGGAUACAUCCCUUAUGUGUUUGGUAUGUCAAUGCAUAUCAUGGACACAUCAGAGCCUACAUCACACAACAGACUUGGGUGCACUGUGUCCCCUAUGUAGGUGGAACUGGUGAAGUUGGCUUCGGCCAAAGAGGUAUGGACAUGAGUUAGACUACUGCGCCUACAGAAUUGGCCUUGUUAAGUGGAGAAUAUUGGAUGGACUGAUGUGUGAAAAUUUACACUGAAUGUCAAAAUAACAGAUCUGAAAUUCCAGUUUUACAGCAACAAGGGUGAAAAAUAGUAACCACACAAAAAUUAAAAAAAUAUCAGUCAAAAAUCUUCAUUAUGCUGCUUCAAAGUUGUUGAUUUGUUGGGAUGUCGAAACUGACCGUUGUCGGCAAAAUAAUAACUGUCAUCAUGAUGAAUUCAGAUCACAUGCAUAUAGUUUUACAAUCAAUAGGUAUACAGUA